AUGGGUCGGGAACCCGUCCCCCGUCGCCGUCCUUACUGGGCGAUCCCAUCGCGCAAGGUCACAAAUAUCCUCGCCUUGAUCCUCUUCGUCGUGGUCGCUGCCUCGGUUUUCAAACUCGAAAUCGGUGCGCCCCCCUUCGACCCGACAUCGUUAUAUCGCCACCACUCGCACCCAGGCGAACCCGAUUUCUGGGAAUGGGAAACCACCUCCCGCUUCCCGCAUGUGCAGAACCCCGUCAAAAAUGAUGAUCAGCUUUGCGACUUGUUCCCUGCCUACCUGCUUUCGCGCAUCCAGGUUGUUCUGAAAAUCGGCGCCUCCGAACCGGCCGAUCGCGUCAACGCGCAAAUCUCCAGCGUCACUCGCUGUAUUCCGAACCUCAUCAUCGUCUCCGAUCGAGAGUCGCAAAUUAAAGAACAUCGUGUUCACGACAUCCUAGCCGCCCUUCCUGAAUCCUUCCGAGCCAACACUUCCGACUUCGAGGCCUACGAUGCGCUUCAGCGAGGCGAUGACAAGAUUGUGGCGGCGCCGCAAGGAUGGAGGCUCGAUCGCUUCAAAUUCCUUCCUAUGGUAGAGCGCGCACACGAAAUUAACCCUUCGGCGGAUUGGUUCGUGUUUUUGGAAUCGGAUACAUACGUGGUCUGGGAUAAUAUGUUCCGGUUUUUGGAUCAAUUUGAUCCACAUACCCCCUUGUAUAUGGGCUCUCCGUCCCCGGGACGGCGGAUCAACGAUAAGGAAGUUUCUUACUUCGCCUACGGCGGCUCAGGAUUCGUCCUUUCCACGGCAGCUGUCGAUAAAUUGGUGUACAGAGAAGUUGGAUCUCACGGAGAGUACAUUCAGCCCACGCUGAGUGAACAGUACGAGGAUAUCGUUAAAGCGGACUGCUGUGGUGAUUCGAUACUCGGAUGGGCAUUGCAUGAGAAGGGCGUAGAGCUCUCAGGCUUCUGGCCCAUGUUCAAUCCCCAUCCACUGCAUGGAAUCCCGUUUGACGAUGCCUACUGGUGCCAGCCAGUCAUUAGUAUGCACAAGACACUGUUGCCGGACAUGACUGGGCUGAUGCGGUGGGAAAACCAGCGGGAUCGCACUCGCCCAUUGAUCUACGCCGAUCUGAUGGAAUACCUGAAGCUGGGAACCGUUGACCAUAUGUCCGAUUGGGACAACGGUGACUGGGGUGGCUGGCAGGAACCUCCCGAGUCACCGGCCCACGGCUCCUUUGAAGCCUGUCAGACAGCCUGCCAUGAACAUGCCCAGUGCCUCAGUUUCACAUACGACUCCUCGGGACAUUGUGUCUUUGUUCGCACGAUGCGGCUGGGCGCGAAGAAGAAACUGGGCGAUUCGUCGGUGCGAUUAUCUUCCGGAUGGGAUUUGGAGAAAAUCAAGAACUGGCGGGCAUCUCACCAGUGUGAGAAGGUGAUGUGGAUGAAGCCCAGCACGGAACGCAUCUUCUGA